UGAUUUCAUUAGGAAGUCACUGUAUUGUGUAACGUUAAUAUGGGUAAAGAUAGCUAGCAUCAUCACAGGCAAGGAGUUAUGCUGCGUUCACGUGCUCCACUGAAACUCCUUCGUAGUACUUUGACUUCUCAGUUCGGUGAACGGUUAUCAUCCGUAUUGUCACUCUUCCCUCUUGGAAGCACUAACGUUAGUCUCAGCACAACAACCAGAAUGGCUCCUCAAAAGAACAGAGUAUUCGUCAUUGGAGUGGGAAUGACAAAGUUUGAGAAGCCAGGAAAAGAAGACUUUGACUAUCCCGACAUGGCAAAGAUAGCAGGUGAGAGGGCCUUGUCUGAUGCUGGAGUCCCCUACUCUGCCAUACAGCAAGCCUGUGUGGGCUAUGUGUAUGGUGACUCUACCUGUGGCCAGAGGGCCAUCUACCACAGCCUUGGCCUGUCAGGGAUCCCCAUCAUCAACGUCAACAACAACUGCUCCACAGGCUCCACUGCCCUGUUCAUGGCCCGACAGCUAAUCCAGGGAGGUCUGGCUGACUGUACACUAGCCCUUGGCUUUGAAAAGAUGGAGAGAGGCUCCUUGUCAUCAAAGUACAUGGACAGGACUAACCCCAUGGACAAGCAUAUGGAGGUGAUGUUCAACACAUAUGGGAUGGCAGCAGCACCGGCAGCACCACAGAUGUUUGGCAACGCCGGCAGAGAACACAUGGAGAAAUACGGUACUACACCAGAGCACUUUGCUAAAAUCGCAUGGAAGAACCACAAGCAUUCCACCAACAACCCAUACUCUCAGUUCCAGGAUGAGUACAGUCUGGACCAGGUCAAACAGUCCAGGAAGGUGUUUGAGUUCCUUACUCUUCUCCAGUGUUGUCCAUACAGUUACGACGGUGCAGGGGCAGCUGUCCUGGCCAGUGAGGACUUUGUGAGGCGCCAUGGUCUAGAGCACCAGGCGGUGGAGCUUUAGCCCAGGAGAUGGUCACGGACUCGCACUACCUUCGACGACAAUAGCUGCAUGAAGAUGGUUGGAUACGACAUGCCCUCCCUGGCAGCCAAGAAGUGUUUUGAGACAGCGGGUCUGAAACCCAGUGACGUCAAUGUGAUCGAGCUGCAUGACUGUUUCUCUGCCAACGAGCUGAUCACGUACGAGGCUUUGGGGCUGUGCCCAGAGGGUAAGGCUGGAGAGCUGAUAGACAGAGGAGACAACACGUACGGAGGCCAGUGGGUGGUCAACCCCAGCGGAGGACUCAUCUCUAAAGGACACCCUCUGGGAGCCACAGGUCUGGCCCAGUGUGCGGAGCUGUGCUGGCAGCUGAGAGGCCAGGCUGAGAGGAGGCAGGUCCCGGGGGCGAAGGUGGCCCUACAGCACAACAUCGGCCUGGGAGGAGCUGUGGUCGUCACUCUCUACAGGAUGGGGUUCCCUCAGGACGCCAGGUCCCAGAUAGCGGCUGUCCCCACCAGAGCAGAACGUCUGGAGGGCUUCAGAGUCUAUUCUGUCUUCCAGGAGAUAGAGAAGAAACUACACGAGGAAGGAGUAGACGUUGUGAAGAAGAUUGGAGGAGUUUUUGCCUUCAAGGUGACAGAUGGACCAGAGGGGAAAGACGCUCUGUGGGUCGUAGACGCGAGAAUCGGACAGGGGCUCCGCUGAG